AUGGUAGAAUGCGAAAAAUGCCUUGGAUGGUUUCACUUCGACUGUGUUGGCGUGGGAGAUUCUAUAGCAGAUCGUCCGUGGAAAUGCCCUGACUGCGAGAAAGGCGGGAAAGAUGCGACGGAAGGUGCUUCGAAAAGUGUCGAUGGUAGAUCCCAGAUAUCUCGUGUAAGUAACACGUCAUCUACGCGCGCGGCAAAAGCUGCUCUAGAGCUGCAGGUGUUAGAGGAAAAAAGGCAGCUGGAACUUCGACGGAUUGAAGAGGAAAAGCGCCAAGAAGAAGAAGAAGCCGAGCUUGAGCGAAAGCGCCGCGAAGAAGAGCGUGCAUUCGCAAAAUCGCAACUGGAUCGUAAUAAGGCUCGUCAAGAAACCCUUCGGAAGUUAGAAGAAAUGUACCUGGAAAAAAAGCAUAAAAUAUUAAGUGCGCAAAUCGACGAAGCAGGCAGCCGAAGAAGCGGUAUAAGCAGUUUUCCACCCACACGAACCAAAGAAUGGGUAGAAAGUCUGCCAUCCAUUAGCGGUGACGAAAACCAAGAACCGGUGCUCAAAAAAAAGCCACCGAUGAACUCAACGAGCCUUAACAAACCACCUGGAAGAAAACCCGAGUUCGACAUUUCGGAACUUCAUCCGGUCAGUAGUGGCCAAGAGGUUGCUACUCCGAUGCCUCAUCAGCAAGAUCGAGAAGACCAAAUUCCGCCAAGGAGACGAACACAUACUGAAGCCCAGCUCGUGGCUCGUCAAUACCUACCGAAGGACUUACCUCCCUUCACGGGUAGCCCAGAAGAAUGGCCCGUGUUUUAUAGUAGCUACGAGAUCGGAAAUAAGGAAUGUGAAUUUUCCAAUGUGGAAAAUCUCCUUCGGUUACAACGCAGCUUAAGUGGUGAUGCUUUAGAAGCAGUACGAAGCAGUCUACUAGUACCGGACAUGGUUCCACAUUUGAUGGAAACUCUGCGCAUGCUUUACGGAAGACCGGAAACGCUGAUCAGCUCUCUCCAAAAUACGGAACACUCCAGCCCCAAAAGAGGUCACCUAGUAGCAGCAGGACUUGAAGCACAUCUGUCGAAUCAAACAUUGCUUCAAGAGUUUGUCGAGAAGCUUCCAUCAGACAUCAAGUAUAAGUGGGCAGAAUAUAUUGAAGCAGCUCCUGUAGUCGACCUGGGGUUGUUUGGAAAGUUCAUUUCCGGAGUAAUUCGCAAGGCAAGUGCUGUCACCGUCUACACAGCACCAGGAACUAACUAUAAGUCUUCGAAAGCAGAAGAAAAUAGGUCGCGAGGAGCUGGAGUAAAACCAAAGAAUUGUGCUCAUCAUAGCGACUACCGGUCAGGAGAAGGACCAAGUGAAGUUAACAUGACACAGCGCAGCGGAAGGGUUUGCUCGGUCUGCAAUGAAGGGAAUCACUGGGCAGAUAAGUGCGAUAAGUUUAACAAUAUUUCGGUUGACGAACGCUUGAAGAUGGUUCGCAUCUAUGGCUUGUGUAGAAGCUGUUUAAAAGCUCAUUCUCCGUGGCCAUGCCGCCGUCCAAAGGAAUGCACAUACGAAGGAUGCCGCAUACGUCAUCACCCUUUACUCCACUUUCCCUCGCCUCAAAGUCCACAAAAUCAACCAUCUCUCCCGCCUCCAAGUCCACAAAACCACCACAGGGUUAACAGUUCUGUGAUCUAUCGCAUUCUUCCAGUUACCAUAUACAAUCAAUCUAAAUCAGUUGAUACAUUUGCUUUGUUCGACGAAGCUUCGGAAGUGACUAUGAUAGAAUCAAGUCUGGCGCAAAAAUUGGAGUUGAAAGGCUUUCCAGACCCUUUACAUCUGAAGUGGACUGGGAACUUAACCCGUGUUGAAGACAAUUCCCAGACAGUUCAAGUGGAAAUAUCGGAGAAGGGGAAAAACAUGAAGUACGUCCUGAAAAAUGCGCGAACCGUCGAUGCCUUGGAGCUCCCUGUCCAAUCAAUUGAUACAAAAAAACUUGCCGCAAACUAUCAACAUCUAAAAGGGUUGCCUAUUCAAGAUUAUAGCUUAGCCCGACCCCAGAUCUUGAUUGGGCUCGAAAAUGUUCAUUUAGCAACUCCACUCAAGGUGCGUGAAGGAUUUCAGGGUCAGCCCAUCGCAACGAAAACACGGCUAGGGUGGUGCUUAUACGGAGGUGUUGUUGAUUCUAUUGAAAAUAGAUACCAUAAUGUACUACAUAGUUCUUAUAUAAAAGAAGACCAUUUUCUUCAUGAUUUGGUUAAAGAAUACAUCAUGGUAGAUAACUUGGGGGUAGUAGGAAAUAUACCAACACUAGAGUCCCGAGAGGAUAAACAAGCCCGUGAGAUUUUAGAAUCUACAAGUCGACGUAUCCCCGGAGGAUUCGAAACCGGGUUGUUGUGGAAGAAUGCAAAUGCUGCCUUUCCUGAUGGUUUUCCAAUGGCGGUCAAGCGUCUUCAAUGUUUUGAGAAAAGGAUCUAUAAAAAUCCUGAACUUGAACGUAAAGUGAAGGCACAAAUCGAAGAUUACUUGGUGAAAGGCUACGCCCACAAAACAACGGCGGCCGAAAUCAAGUCGGCCAACCCAAAUAAAACUUGGUACUUGCCACUAGGGUGUGUUUCAAACCCCAAAAAACCCGAAAAGCUUAGAUUAAUUUGGGAUGCAUCGGCCCAAGUAAAAGACGUCUCAUUCAACUCGAUGAUGCUUAAGGGACCGGACCUCCUAACACCGUUACCAUCCGUACUUUACAGGUUUCGAGCCAGAAAAAUCGCUAUAUGUGGCGACGUGAAAGAGAUGUUUCACCAAAUAAAAAUACGAGAAGAAGAUAGAUCUGCACAACGUUUCCUCUGGAGAGACAACCCUUCAGACCCACCUUGUAUCUACACAAUGGACGUGGCAACUUUUGGGUCAGCCUGUUCGCCCUGCUCGGCUCAGUUUAUUAAAAACCUCAACGCCGAAGAAUUUAAACACCUAUUUCCGACGGCUACUGAAGCUAUUAUUCAUGGAACCUACGUGGACGACUUCCUAGAUAGCAGAAAUACUGAAGAAGAAAUCAUCCGGCUAGUUGAAGAGGUUAAAUAUGUACACUCUCAAGGAGGGUUUGAGAUACAAAACUUCGUGUCAAACUCUACGAUCGUUCUAAAUGAAAUCGGCGAAGUUAAUGCUCCCCCUUCGAAGGAUCUUGGUCUGCUGACGUCAGAAAAGGCUUUGUCGGUGUUGGGUAUUCGUUGGUUACCUAAACUUGACAUUUUUACUUUUACGUUGAAUCUCCCGCAACUAGACACCAGACUACUAAAUGGUAUGCUUCGCCCUACAAAACGCCAAGUGCUUAGUACAGUGAUGAGUCUGUAUGACCCACUCGGAAUGCUCGCUGCUUUUGUGGUUCAUGGGAAAAUAAUUAUACAGACCCUAUGGAAGACCGGGUGCAAGUGGGAUGAACCAGUCGAUGAUAGCACGUUUGCUAAUUGGAAGCGCUGGACAAACCUAUUUUCUCGUCUUGGUGAAGUUCGAAUCUCUCGACCCUACUUCGGACAAGGUUCACCUGAAACUUGUCAGCCAAUACAAAUGCACACCUUCGUUGAUGCCAGCGAAGAAGCGUAUGCUUGUGUUAUCUAUUUUCGCUAUUUCGACCGCGGUUUUCCGCGCUGUACUCUGGUAGGCGCUAAAUCAAAGGUGGCUCCAGUAAAACCACUCUCGAUUCCACGCCUUGAACUACUAGCUGCUGUUCUAGGGACACGUAUGGCAAACUAUAUUCAAGAAAACCACCAACUAUCGAUCUCCCAGAGAUUCUACUGGACCGAUUCUUCAACCGUGCUUCACUGGAUACAUGCUGAUGCUCGAAAAUAUCAUUCAUACAUCGCUUGUAGAAUCGGAGAGAUUCUAACAUCCACAAAUUUGAACGAAUGGCGAUGGGUGUCCUCUCGUGAUAACGUUGCGGAUGAAGCCACAAAAUGGGGACAUGGCCCCUGUUUCGAAGAAAGUAGCAGAUGGUUCCACGCUCCUGAGUUUCUGUGGGAGCUAGAAUCAACUUGGCCAGAACAGAAGUGGCAAGCCGUGAAUGUGCAAGAAGAACUACGAUCUAGCUGCUUUCAUCAUCAAACGAGUAAGGAAUUGUUAGUGGAUUAUACACGGUUCAGCAAAUGGGAACGCAUACAUCGUACGAUAGCCUAUGUCUUCAGAAUAUGUACGCGGAAAGAAGACGACCAAGUUAUUCCUCUUGAAUAUUUGAAACAAGAGCAUCUUAAGAAAGCAGAGCUGGAGUUAAUCCGAAUCAUUCAGCGGGAAACCUUCCACGAUGAGAUAGCUGUGUUGCAGAAGUGCCGAAAUGGCAAGCGUGCGGGGGCGGUGCCGAUCGCUAGUCCGCUGUAUAAAUUGUCGGCGUAUAUCGAUGAAGAAGAGAUUGUUAGAAUGGACAGUCGUAUCGGCGCUGCCCCCAACCUGCCGAUUGAAGCUAAGUGUCCAAUUAUUCUAGCAAAAAACCAUCGUCUAACUUUUCUUCUUGUAGAUUUCUACCACCGUCGAUAUCUGCACCGUAACCACGAGACCGUAUUCAACGAACUACGACAGCAGUUCUACGUGCCUGGAUUGCCAGGUAUGAUGAAAUACCUUACACAAAAACCGCAGAACCAGGAACUGGAGCCCGGUGCUUCUAAUAGCGUUGGAAAUAAUACGGAAAUUCCUCACAUUGCUGAGAAAUCGCCAUCUGCCGUUCAUCUUUAUUCGCUUCCUUCUACCAGCAAUGUUUCUUCUUCCUCGAGGACUAUCGAUAAAUUUAUGCUGAAAACCGAUACUACAAAAGCAGUCGCCGCCUCUUGCCUUGAUCCUGUAGUUAUCAGCAGCGAUACCAAAUUGGCCAAAAAACGAUUUGAGAAGACUUUGACUAUAUUGACAGAUACUGGACGCGUUAGUGGAUCCUCGGCAGAUUUAGCAGUACGGCAGUAUUCUGGAGUGAUUGCCAGAGGCGAUAAAUUUGAUAAUUAUGACCGUAGCAAAGAAAGGCUGGAUCAUUUUUGGAGUCGAGUGCUAGCAAAUGCCAAGUGUCCAGAAUUCAGAACACAGAAGAAGGCUGAUACCUUGCAAGAAAAAAUUGUUAUGCUGAAAUCAUAA